AUGAAAUCUGGCAAGUCGACUCCGUUUACAGCUAUGUUAGAUGGAAAUAGUUGUGUUUUCUCAAGCGAUUUAAAAUCCGAUCACAAUUUUGAACUCUUUGAUACCAAGAAAAUGUCAUGGUCAUUCCUUCCAGAACUCCCUGCAACUGAAGUGGAAGUUGAAGCCUUUUUUGUUCAGAAGUCUUCACUUGUACUAUAUGAAGGAGACACACUCGUGGUUCCUUUAGUUAGGGAGCAUGAUGACCUUCCAAGAUUUGCUAUAAUAAGAGCAGGUUUUGAAAAUGACGACAAAGAUUAUUCUGCACCUAGCUGCCCCCACGUCACUGUAGAUGUGGUUGAAGUGGUUAAGGACGCUUUUGAUGUUCCUUCCUUUAUGGAUGGACAUCAGUCCCACACAUUCAAUCGCUUGUUGAUCAACAAGCUCGAAUCAUUGGCAUACUCCAUCCCAUACGAACAGAGCGAUAUAGCAUUGUUACUAUCGGCAAAAGUGGACGGGUAUUGUAUAUCAGAGCGUUUAGGAGGUACCAAAGACACGUCUCUUGCCAUCCCAAUUGGUUCUUUUAGAAAUCUAGGUGAACUUGAACUUUUAAAGACUGUGAAUCUUCCCUAUGGCGAUGUCUUGUUGGAAAGAGGAUUCAUCCUUCUUGAUUGUCUAGAUGGUUUAUGUGGUCUUGGUGGGGCAUGCAAAGUUGUACUCCGUCACUCAUAUUUGAAUAAUGAUCAUCCAUCUACAUCACAAUUCAAGGAGAAAAUCCCACGGUUUCUCAAUGCUUUGCCCUCUGCUGAUUGUCCCAAAGUUGGCCAUGGUGUUUACACUAGCAGUAUAGAUCUGCAAGUUUUGCUGAGGUGGACACUUAAAGACCUUAACAUUAACUGCAUCUCAUUUUCGAUUGACUACGUCAAUUUGAUGAGGGCUGCUCCAGAGUUCAGUUCAAGGGUUUCUAUUUCUUUAAGACUUGUCCCACAGUUGCCUAUGGAGAUCUUCCCAUACUCAGAAACUUAUAUGUUUCUUGAACAAUACCUUGAUAUAUGGAGGACUGCAUCAAUCAACCUUGCUAUCGCUAUUGUCUCUGCUGUCAACCUCGUCAUGUCAGCGGGCAUUGGUGUUGAGUUCUGUGUGCAUAUAACACAUGCUUUCUCGGUGAGUAGUGGUGAGAGACCAACGAGUGAGAGAUGGUUUGGGUACAAUAUAGAAGGUCUUGUUGCAUUGAGCAUGUUUGGUCCACUUUCAAGAUUUAAACUUGUUGAGAAGCAAGAAGACCGGCCAUCAGCUUCCUUGCGGCCCUCAGAAUCUAUAUUGCUCUGUUUCAUAGUUCUUUUUAUAGGGUGGCCUGUUAGUUUGCUUGAACCGAUUAUAGAAAUCGAUUUUGAGGAAAGAUUAGUGGGACCAGGUAUCGGUGUUUUUGAAUCGAAAGUCUAUCUCUUUGGUGGUCAACCUCUGGAUAGAGACCCGACCCCUCCCAUGAAAUCUGGCAAGUUGUGUACGUUUUCAGCUAUAGAAGAUGGCCAAAAACUCCCUGCAACUGAAGUGGAAGUUGAAGCCUUUUUUGUUUGCGAUACCUAUCUCUAUGUCUCUACAACCAUGUUUGUCUUCCGUAUUGAUGUUGCCUCGAAGGAGGGCUGGGAAAAGCUUGAUAUUAUUCGUUUUCCAUUUGAAGGAGAGGGAUAUUAUGUAGGAGGUAUGGAUAUGUGUAUUACGCCAUACUCGGAUAUAUGCGGUUUCGACUUGAAUGAUAACGAUGAAGUCCAACAUUCCUUUUAUCCAUUCGUAGAGAAGUCUUCACUUGUACUAUACAAAGGAGACACACUCGUGUUUCCUUUAGCUAGGGAGGAUGAUGACCUUCCAAAAUUUGCUAUCAUAAGAGCAGGUUUUGAAAAUUAUGACGAAGAUACUGGACCUAGCUGCCCUCACGUCACUGUAGAUGUGGUUGAAGUGGUUAAGAAGGACGCUUUUGAGGUUCCUUCCUUUAUGGAUCGACAGCAGUCCCACACAUUCAAUCACUUGUUGAUCAACAAGCUCAAAUCAUUGGCAUACUCCAUCCCAUACGAACAGAGCUAUAUUCUUGAAGAAAGCCUUCGUAAGUUGGAAUUUGAAAGGCUGAGCGAAGAGGAUGUCCAAAAGAUGCAGAGGGAGGUGUUGUUGGACGUGAAGAUGGAAUUUCAUGCUCAUUGUUGCAAGGACUUGGUGGACUUGCAUGAUUUUUCCAAAAACAAAAGGUCUCCAUCUCCAAACUCCGGUGAUGUUAGCCACAAUGUGCUUAGAGCAUUUUGUGUAGACUUCAAGCGAAGUACCUGUGACGGGAAGAAUGAGUUGUUUUACGUCCGACGACCAGCAGCUAUCGUCAUCGGUAUCCACUUCGGUCCAGACAUGGUUGCACUGGCAUCAAGGGUCGAGCUUACUCCACAGCUCCAGGGACUGCUGUGGACCCUUUCGUCGGCGCCAUUCCAUGCUAAUCAUGACAACAUGAUGGAGAAGAACCCAUGA